AGUCCACACGAAAAAUACAAGGAAUAGGAAAUUCCGUCACACAAUGUUUUCAAUCGUGCAAAAUUAACAUUCGAUCAUUAAAUGACGAUUAUUCUACCCAUGUACAAUGUUUGGUGUUACCGCAAAUAACACCACCAGCGCCAUCUAUACCUAUUAAUUUCAAUCAAAUUAAAAUUCCGCAUCACAUAACGCUAGCUGAUCCCUCAUACCUGGACGGUUUUGACAUAGACAUCUUAAUAGGUGCUGAUCACUUUUGGGACCUGUUAAGCGAAGGGAAAAUUCCCCUUGCGAGUGGCCCCUUCUUACAAAAUACAAAACUAGGUUGGGUCAUUUCAGGACCGAUAAAUAACUUACCGGUUAUUUCUAAUACUAUCCUUUGUAACUACACACAAUUACAUUCAAUCGACUCCCAGUUACGCAAAUUCUGGGAGCUUGAAGAAGUUUCCCCUGGCUUUCAUGUGCAGUCUGAGGUGGAGCGCGCUUGCGAAGAAGACUUUGUCCUAAAUACUAGGCGCGAUCCUCAGGGACGAUUUAUUGUUAAAAUACCAUUCAGCGAGUCUCCCACCUUACUAGGUGACUCGUAUACACAAGCAUACAGGCGUUUAGUCGCUCUGGAAAAACGACUUUCUCGUUCAACGAAUUGCGCGCAGCUAUACAAGGCUUUUAUUGACGAAUAUAUUAGCCUGGGGCACAUGGAUCGUAUACACGAUUUUCCAACUCCACAUUACUUCAUGCCACACUUCUGUGUGUUUAACGAAAAUAGUACCACAACCAAAUUACGCGUCGUUUUCGAUGCAAGCGCCAAAUCCACCAGUGAUAAAUCCCUAAAUGACUUACAAAUGGUUGGCCCACCUAUUCAAGGUGACUUAUUUGCAAUUUUACUGCGGUUUCGUGAAAAUGCCUACAUAGCUUGCGCCGAUAUAGAAAAAAUGUACAGGCAGGUCUUAAUAGAUGUCAGUCAGCGUGACCUUCAACUUAUCCUAUGGCGUUCUAAUCCUGCGGCUCCAUUGGAAAUUUAUAGGCUGAACACGGUGACGUACGGGACGGCAUCGGCACCUUUUCUUAGCGUUCGAUGCUUACGGCAGUUGGCUAUGGAAUGCAAUGAUGUGGAUGUAAAGCGAAUUAUUACACAUGAUUUCUAUGUUGAUGACAUGAUAACAGGGUCGGACGAUAAAGAUGAAUUGUUAAAGUUAUGCGAAAAGACAGCGAAUGUUUUAUCUACAGGAUGUUUUCCACUUCGAAAGUGGGUCUUUAAUUUCAAAAACGAUUCUUUACCGUCGUCUCAUACGUUAAAAGAUUUGUCUUUAGGAGAACCAGGAAUCGGAUUGACUUAUCCUCCUCAAUCAAAGACGCUGGGAUUGAGCUGGAUAAGCCAAUCCGACCAACUUAACUAUCAAUCUAAAGUUCGAUUACCUUCAACUAAAAUUACUAAACGCGUGAUUUUGUCUACGAUUUCACAGAUUUUUGACCCUUUAGGUCUAUUAAGCCCUACUAUCAUGACCGUCAAAAUUCUGUUACAAAAACUGUGGCUACUUAAAACUGACUGGGAUACGCAAUUGCCAGAAGAGGUAGCUGACGAAUUUAAAAGGUUUCUUAGUAAUUUAGACGUGCUUAGCUGUUUAAGAAUACCGCGUCAUACGUUUACUAAGCACCACAUACGCGCGGAAUUGCACAUAUUUACCGACGCCUCGCAAAAGGCAUAUGGGGCAUGUGCAUAUAUACGCACAUUAACACAAAACGGCAGCGUAUCGGUAAGGUUAUUAUGCGCAAAAGGGAAGGUAGCUCCUUUGAAACCUUUAACCGUUCCGAGGUUGGAAUUGUGUGGUGCCGUAACAGGUGCUAAACUUUGCGUUAAAAUAAUAGAAUCAUUGCGUUGUGAGUUUGAUGACGUCACUCUGUGGACCGAUUCGACCAUUGUACUAGGGUGGCUACGUAUGGCGCCCUAUCAACUUAAAACUUACGUACAAAAUAGAGUAGUUGAAGUGCAAGAGAUGACGCGUAAUUAUGCGUGGUAUCAUGUAGCGACUCAGGAUAACCCAGCAGAUUUAGUAUCGAGGGGUGUUGAUCUCAAAUCACUCGAAAAAUCAAACCUGUGGUGGGAAGGCCCACAGUUUUUUCGUGAUCCUAAUUUCAAGCCGCGCGCGAUUGAGACUCCUACGACUAGUAAGGUUGCUGACCUACCCGAGGUUAAAGUUUUACACACCCAAAAUGUUAAUCCUCAGGAAGGUCAUUGCAUUGAUCCUGUUAUCGCGUUUUCCAGAUUCUCCCAGUUCAGUCGCAUUCAGCGCGCUAUGGCGUAUGUUAAGCGUUUCAUACACAAUGCGCAAUCACCGAGCAACAAACUGUCCGGUGCGCUGAAUGUGGAUGAGCUGAGAGAAGCGGUAAAUACUCUUGCUCGGUUAUCGCAACAGGAAUCAUUUCCGGAAUAUAAUACUUUGCGCAAUAAUAAACCAUUAGCAAAACGGAGCCAGUUAAUGAAGUUAAGCGUAUUCAUUGAUGAAAAUGAUUUAAUUAGAGUGGGCGGUCGUUUAUACAAUGCUUCCGAAUUCAAUUAUAAUAAGAAACACCCCAUUCUUUUAUCAGCAAAGCAUCCUUUCACCUAUUUGUUAUUCCGAUAUGAACAUUUACGGCAACUACAUGCAGCUCCACAGUUGCUGCUAUUUACCAUUCGAGAGUCGUGGUGGCCUAUCGGUGGUAGGAACCUCGCAAAAAAGGUUGUGCACGAGUGUAUAAUUUGCACACGGUUAAGCGGUAAAACUCUAACGCCAAUAAUGGGCAACCUCCCAGCCGAGCGUCUAGCUCCAAGUUUUCCAUUUGCAGUUAGUGGAGUUGACUAUUUUGGGCCAGUAUUCGUACUGAAUCGCAAAGGAAGAGGCGCUAAAUUAAUAAAGGCGUACGUUAGCCUGUUCGUUUGCUUUGCAACACGAGCUAUUCAUCUCGAGUUAGUCGGAGAUUUAUCGACUGAUGCGUAUCUGCUGGCGCUAAAGCGUUUCGUCUCGCGGCGUGGCAAGCCAGCCGAGAUCUUCUCUGAUAAUGGAAGGAAUUUUACUGGUCUAAUGACAGAAUUUUCAAAAUUUUUAGCUAAUUGCGCAGAUGAGAUUAAAGAAUUCGCUAUAAACAAUAACAUUAAGUUUAAGUUUAUCCCUCCAUAUUCCCCGCAUUUUGGAGGGCUGUGGGAAGCAGGGGUAAAGUCAUGCAAGCACCAUAUUAGACGGGUUGUAGGCAAUGCAAAUUUUACAUUUGAGGAGUUUAGCACGGUGUUGGCACAGGUAGAAGCCGUCCUUAACUCCCGUCCCCUAUCUCCUAUGUCGACUGAUCCGAACGAUUUCACCCCUCUCACACCCGCACACUUCUUGGUUGGCCGUCCGCUGACGUCGCCUGCCUGUGAAGACUACGAGCAAGUACCAGCGCAUCGACUCACGCGCUAUCAGCGAGUCGAGCAAGCCCGACAGCACUUCUGGAGCCGGUGGUCCAAAGAGUAUGUCUCCGAGCUCCAAGUGAGAACCAAAUGGAACAAGGCCGGUGACAGUUUAAAAGAAGACACACUUGUGCUCAUAAAGGAAGACAACAAUCCCCCUCUGAAGUGGAGUAUGGGCCGCAUCGUCGCCAUCUUCCCCGGAAAGGACGGAGUCUCUAGGGUAGCAUCCAUACGCAUGGCUAAUGGCAACGUGGUACGGCGAGCGUUCUCGAAGAUCUGCCCCUUACCAGUGACGUGUGGUCCGAAUUCAACUGCUCCAACCAGUCCAACCGGUACCAAGUGAUUGAGAACCUUUGAAAGUGAUGCCUUUCAAGGCCGGGGGAGUGUUCGUGUGUACCAGACGUUAAAAACUUAUUGUGCUUAUGGCCUUACAAAAACUGAAAUAGUCUGUGGCGAAUGACAAAUGUCACGUCUGACGUUUGUCACUUUGAUUUUUAUAUAUUCGAAAAAGGAAUUGUUAAUUUUGCAUCAAUGUAGCAAUUAUUGUUAAAAUAAACGUUAUUAUACGUAUUCGCAAAA